AUGGAGUCAGGUCGCAGCGGAAGCAUCUGCAGGAGUUUCUUAAUCGGCUCUUGUAGAUUUGGUCCAAGGUGUCAUUAUCGCCAUGAGUGGCCAGUCAUCCCGUCAGCCCAGAUAUGUAGACACUUUCAGAAAGGUGGAUGCUGGUAUGGCGACCGCUGCAGGUUUAUCCAUAUCCUCCAGCCUGUAGCGGAUGCAGCUGUUGCAGGUAGAAGGAGUUCGGCGCCCACAGUCUCCUCCUCACACGUGGCCCACGCUCAGCCGGACAGAAGGAGGUCAGAGCCUGCUCUCCUGCGGGCUGAGGUGACGUCCAGGCAGGAGUGCAGCAGAUCAGAGCGGCUGUUUAAUAUCCCAGAUCCUCGACGCAACACCCGACAUCUGCCAAUAAAUAUUCCUGUGGAACAAGCGCAAGAUAUUCCCUCUCUUUCUGCUUCUCGGGCAUCGGUCCAAAGAUCACAUGCUGCUGAAUGGGAUGGAAGAAAUGAGCAGUUUUUUGGGGUUCAGCAGGCUUCUUCAACAGAGACAACAGAGGAGGGGGCUACAGCUGCAGCCUUUGCGAGCCAGGGGGAAGUUGAGAGAGGGGAGUCUUUCCUCAACAGUAAAAACGUGACCUGCGGCAUCUGCAUGGACAAAGUCUACGAAAAAACUGAACUAGGCGAACAACUUUUCGGGAUAUUGCCCAACUGCAAUCACUCCUUCUGUUUACCAUGUAUAAGGACCUGGAGGAAAACAAAAGACUUUGGGCAGGACGUGGUUAAGAGCUGCCCACAGUGUCGAGUGAGAUCUGCCUUUUACGUGCCAAGCAAAUACUGGCUCGACGGAAAGGAAAAGGAAAAUGUAAUUGCUGCUUUUAAAGAGAAAUGCAGACAGAAAAGCUGCAGUUACUUUGCACGAUACAGAUGCUGUCCCUUCAAGGCGGAGUGCCUUUAUCGACAUGAUAAACCUUUACGUCGAAGAUCAUUCCAGUAUCCUACAGAAGAUAAAGACGACUUUGUGGGUUUAGCCCUGCUGGAUUUUUUCAUGGACGUGGCCCUCGGUGUUGAGUAUGAUGGUGAUGAUGAUGAUGACGACUUUGAGGCCUACUUCACUCUUUUCCCCCGACGUAUGGAGUACGGAUUCUGA